GGCGAUUGGUGGUGUGCUGUGUCCCUGGCACACAGCGGAUCACCGAUCUGCGGAAAGAGCCAAUGAAGUCAGCUCUGUCAUGUGAUCAGCUAGGGGACAUGUACACUGACCAUUGGGGCACUGAUGAUCAGUGUGCCCUGAGGAUCAGUGCAGCCCCAUCAGUGCCACCUGUCAGUGCCCAUCAAUGCCACCUGUCAGUACCCAUCAAUGCCACCUGCCAGUUCCCAUCAGUGCCACAUCAAUGCCACAUAUCAGUGCCUACCAGUGCACAUCAAUGCCACAUAUCAGUGCCCAUCUGAGCUGCCUUUCAGUGCCAACUAUCAGUGCCAGUCAGUGCCACCUUAUCAGUGC